AAAUUAGCGAAAGUAUAAGUCAAAAUUUUAAGUUGAAAAUGUUAUCCACCAAAUACUCAAAUAUUCCAGAAGAAUUUUGUAGAAUAAGAACACAGAAACCUAGAAUACGUGAGAAAAUAAAUUACAAGAAAUGGUUAACAGCAAACGAUAGGCAAGACGCAAUUUUAUUGCAAGAAGAAAAAAUGCGCGAAUUACGUGAAUUGAAGAGAAAAAUAGGCGAAGACUUUUUCAAAGUAAAAGAAUCAGCUUUGAAUUAUAAAGCAACUAAACGAAUAAGAGACUUGGCGCAACCAAAAGCCCAUGCAAAAAAAGUUACAGAAGCCACUACGAAAAAUUCUCACGUUAAACCAACAGCAUUAAGAUAUAUGCCAACUAAACGAAUAUUGGAACUGGCGAGACCAAAAGAAAAUUACAUUUCAAGAAGACCAGAUUCUUUCUAA